UCGAUAUUAGGUCCAAUCGGGGUCCAGUGUUUAACGAGGUUCGACGAAAUUAUACCAAAAUCUGAACCUGAAAUCUGUAAAUUAUGCUUUAAAAACAGAUACUAGAUAAAACGAAGUUACGAUAAUUCACAAAAAAUUUCAUUUCGGUAGUUCAAAUUCUAAUUUGUAUUCAAGAAGUGACGAAUAGUCGUUCCUCUUUUCCUUGUUACAUGGAUAUGAAAAUAUCGACCAUCUUUGCUUGAAUGUUUUUUCGAAUAUCUUGCAAAGAUUCGAACGCGAAUGUUAUCCCCACUGAGUUUUGUGUACGCUGUCAAAACGCUGCGAGAUACAUAUAGAUCGACGUGCGUAGGUAUUUAACCAAUGAGAGAGAAGAAUUUGACGCGACCAUGCGUAUAAGUGUACAUACGCGAACGGCAGUUGGAGUGGUUGGGUUGGACGUUACGAGUUGGGCGCAAUACACAUUGGGCUCUUAUUUUGAUUCGUAGAGGAGGCCCUCACCUCGAAGAAACGGGUGGCGGAACGUAAAGGAUCCAUUGGGGAAAGUCGAGGAUAUAGGUCACUAAGUACUGGCAAAAACAUGAUACACGCUGGAAAUGGGGGUGUUGUAUAUUUGGAACAGUUAAAAAGUUCGGAAGAGAGCGACGCGACGGAGAAGGCAACGUCAAGAAAGUGCGAGGGGCAGCUGUCUUUGGCGAAGGCAAACAGCUGUUCGUCCUACAAAGGUGCAAAUCGUACGACAGAAAUGGCGCAAGAGGACAAUAAUCCGUGCUGGAAUAACCUACCCAGUGUCAUACUACAGGAAAUAUUCUCGUAUUUGCCCCACGACAGCCGGUUGAAAGCCUCCCAGGUUUGUAGAAAUUGGAGGUACGCUUUGUUCCAUCCUAGCUUUUGGAAGAAAAUCACGUUCGCUCUCGAAUACGAAGACAGUAUUACAUGGGCACGAUUCUUGGGAGAAAGUUUCGGACUCAGUGUACACGAAGCUACGAUUCGCUGUGAUACGCCAAAUCAUGUUGCUGACGAGACACUGGCCUUGUUGAAAAAAUUGAGUUGCAACAGACAACUGCGUAAAUUGUUUUUGGAAUCCAGCAGGAGCUUCUUCGAUUACGAAGAUGACGAGGAUAUCAAUGGAUAUGAGACGCCGCUGAUAAAACCUCUUGUAAAAAUUAUUGAAACGUCUAAUCGUUUAGAAGCUUUGAGUUUGGGAUGCAUAGAAGAAUUAACAGCAAGUGCCGGUGUAAUUCUAGAACCUCUGCGUCAGCACCAUGCCAACCAUCUGACAAUUCUCAGUUUGGCAUCCGUUAGAGACGAUCCGGACGAUUACGACUUUUUGGAACUUGGGGUCGAUUACGAACUUUUCUUUAACUCGUUCAAUAGAUUGUCUAUUCUGACUCUGGAUUAUGAUUUCAUAAGCGAUUCUCUUCUAAAAGCAUUGGAUACAGGCACCGUUGAAAGACUUGUAAUUCAUGUGCACGGUUGGAACGAACAUUACGCGGGAACAACCGACAGCGCUUGGCAAACUUUUGUUCAAAAGAAUCCAAAAUGUGAGCUGAGAUUGAAUCUUAUACACUCCUAUGUUGGCAUUGAUAUGUUGCAUUCGGUCAUACUUCGUCGUUCCAUGCCUCUGACACACUUAAAGGUGUUAUUCUGUGAGAAUGUUAACAUCAGGGCGUUACUUGUAUUAUCCAGUUGGUAUGACCUUACUUUAAAAUCUUUAAUAUGGAUCGACUCGAUAGAUCCUCUACGAAUCAUGCCAGCAACUUGCGAUCCAAUCGAGCCCGACAACCCCGAUCCAUUAGUACUUAUUGCAUGGAAGUGUACCAAACUUGUGGAAAUUGUAUUCAUAGGCCACAAAUACUGCCAAGAAAAUUUGUUAGCUAUUGCACGUCUACGAGGAUGCUCCCUAAAGUCAUUAGUGUUUGCACAAAGAGAUAUUACAUCCUACAAUGAAUCAUGGCACAAGGCUGAAAGCAUCACACACGAAAUACAAGUAAUAAUGGGUCAUCGGUGGGAACCUUUAAGCGACGCAGAUUUACCCGCAGUUGUAAUGGAUCCAUUCAAAGGUGACAGCAGAGACGUGAUCAUGCCGUUGGUCCUCCGCGACCAAAAGUAAUUCCGAAUGCACAUCAAGAAAACAUUACUCCCCAGUACCAUUCACCGACACCUCCAACAAUUUCUGGGCGAGCUACAUUCUCAGAAGUAAAGUUACGAAGUCAUAUUCUUUAUUUUUCUAUAAGAUUUAUUUUUACGGGAACUAUGGAUGAUGCAUCAAACAGUGAACACGUGUAAAUUCGUAAACCAAGAUUAAUAACUAAAGGGGUUACACUGUCAGGUAAGGAUCACACAGUUCCAAUGUGUAAAUAGCGAAGGUAAAAAACGCACACAAGUUCUCCUGCUUUACAAUGAUUUUUAUCAGUUCACGUAAGAACGUGACAAGCCAUAGUUGACUAUGUCUUUCUUGGGUCCGCGAUGGGGUACCUAAAUUAAGUAUAAAUCACCCCCAGCGAAUGAGAUGAUCUCCUCGUUCAUCGAAAUGGAGAACGAAACGAUAUGCGAUGGUUUCUUUCACGAGAAGCCUUUUUUAACGGAGUCUAUCGCUAACAGUGGUGGGCUCGAAAUGGUCAGCUUAAGAACAAAAUACUUAUUAAUGAUCGUUCCUCUCGCCAAUGAAUAUUAGAAAGAAAAAGAAAGAAACGUAUAUAUAUUAUAUAAAAAUAUAACAAUAUUCUUGGUAGAUACUAAGAACCAAGCAUUACAAGACGAUCGAGGUCUUUCUAGACAGACCUUAUGCGUGAUGUGUACCUGUUAAUAUCACAGGAAGUGUGAAUAUCGAACAAAAAUGAAGGCAAUACACGUUACAAUGAGAGACGAUCAUCGCAUCGAGUAAAGAGAGGACAUGAAACAUUGAGAUUAAAGAAGAGAGGAGAAAGGGGCCGAUCUCACGAUGUUCCACUGGAAAGCGUAACGAAAUUCCAAACGUAUGUAAGUAGAAACAUGUUAACAGAUAUUUUUCCAAUUCUAUGGGAAUUUAGAUCAAGCGAGCGCCAAGAGCAUGCAGUGUAAGAAUGAAUAACUAACAAAAAAAAAAAUGGUGAAGAUUUCGCGAGAAAGAGUUUGUGAUCGAGUUGCGCAGAUAUAACAAAGAUGCACUCAGUAAGAAGUCGAACAGCGUUCCGAGGUUAUUUUUAAUACCAAAACCAAUCGGACGCUUUUGUACAAAAUAUUAAAUGAACGUGUGCCGAGAAGAGUGCGGUCGAUUUGGUGGUAUGCAAAUCAGUUUGAAAAUACAGAGCUAGUAUAUCGCGUUAGGAUGAUAUCGUUUAUGCUUCGACAUCUUGUACGACCUCUUCGAGUACCGUCUCUUCACCGUGCUCUUAGCGACCGCUGGAAGUGAACACAAAUAUAGUUAUCUAUAAAAGAAAUCAGAGGAAUUAGUUGCUAAUCGUGUAUGUGUAUAUGUAUGUAUAUCUGUAUUAUCUAUCGAACUUUAAACGUUAAUAUGCGGAUGCCGCGCGCAUCUGUUUCUGUCGUGCGAUUAAUGAUGACGAUUCCGAACGUUUAAAAGAAAAAAAAAAGAAGUAUGAUCCACAACACAAAGAAAACAAAGAACUACCAAAAGCAACAACAACAACAACAACAACAACAACAAUCGUAACAGACAGUUUACUAUUUUGAGGAGUUCUUUACUUUUUUUCGAACCCUUGUAUAAUUAUUAUUACAUCGUCGUGUAUCGUACUUGUAGUCACGUAUACCAUUGUUUUUUAUAUGUGGUUCUGUACAUACAUUCAUGCGUUAUAAAAGAAGAAAUUGGACACGCGCAAAUAUCGCUGUGUUGCGCCCGAAUUUAAAAAAGAAACAGGGAAGAGGAUAAGAGCAAGCGAAAUAAUAUAUAGACCCAUUUGUUCGAACGAAAGAACAAGAGAUUAACGAGAGAGAGAUAGAGAGGAAAAGAAUAACAAGAUACUACCGGAGGUUCGAUCGGGAGAGUUAGGCACAAAUGCGAGGAAAAAAACUAUUUCGUUUUGAAAUGAUUAUAUGCUGUUAAUACAAGAUGAACGGGCCUUAAUAUGUACCUGAGUCGCGGUAAGAGUAAAUUUACCGAAACAAAAUAUCUAACACGCGACAGUCACCAUAAGAAAAUAAUCGUAGACACCUUAACGGACAUUUUCUUUUUUCCGGCGAUUCGCUGGGCCAACUGUCGGCGUAUCGCCCAAAAAAAUGCUCGACAAAGUUAAGGUAUGCUCGUGCCCAUUCAUUUCGUAUUCCGCGCGCGUUGUAUUGUUUUUAAGUCGGGAAAAUUCUCAGCGAAUGGAACCACGACGUUUAUAUAGCGAUGCUCCAAGAAUCCUCGCGAACAAACGCGAUCGACACCACUCUUUGUUCGCUGACCAUCAGCGCCGGAUUAAGAUUUCGCAGACCCCUGGGCUAUAGGUACUGUGAGGGCUCCGCGGUAAUACUUUUCGAAAAGAAGGAACGAUGUUGAAGACAAAUUUGAUUAAUUUUUACACGGCUGCGAUCGCUAUUGGAAAUAACAAGAAACAGUUUGAAAAUGUAAUAAUACAAAUGCAACGUAAAUAGUAGUGGAUAUCACGUACACUCAUAGUCCGUAGCCUGAGAGUCGAUCUCGUAAGGCCCCUGGGCGGUAGCCCCUAGAAGCCCACGCCUUGAUCCGGCCCUGUUGACCAUUAACGCUGUGCGGAUGGGCCAAACUUUAUUUACUAAGGGCCUGUUUUUUUAUUAUUAUUAUUAUUAUUAUUAUUAUUAUUAUUUCUCUUCGUACGUGUUUAUUUUUGUUUUUUAAUCGAACGAAGUCCCGCAUAAACAGUAUAUUCGCGGGUGCGGUACCCGACGUGUGAGUCCAGAGAGAGAAAGAGAGCGCGCGCGAGAGAAAAAGAGUAUAAGAGCGAAUAGUGUGAAAGAACAUAUAUGCGAGACGAUAGCGUAUGAAAGAGAACGGAAUUAUUAAAAGCGAGAAAAAUGAUAAUGCGUUCGGAUAUAUAACGAUGAUAUCCAGUGAGUAAUAGAGACAGAACAUAACAAAAAAAAAAAAGAAAAAAAAUACGAAAAAAACAGGUAAUCAGGUGAUACGUAGUACCAUCUCUGCGAAUCCUCUGUACAAAGUCGUAGAAAAGAAAGGCAACUCGUGCAGCCACCGCUUAACCGAAAGGGCACAACCCAACUACUACACGUAUAUAUCGAUAAACGCGAUGACAAACCAAGCAUAAGACUGAACCUGCCGAGAAAGGUAUACACACACCAGUUAGGCGGGCUGCACGUUGCCGCGUUCGACCUCAUAUUCAUAAAGAAAAGGGACGAACCCGACUAAACGGAAAGCGCAUCGUUCCGCGAAUCGUCGAAACACGAAAUCUCGUGUUUAACCUUAUCGAUAAACGCUCGUCUCGAUACGAUAAUGUCUCCCUUCUCGAUCAAACCCCGCGUUUGGUGUGCUUGUUCAGAAACCAUUCCCCACCACCGUUUGUGUUUCUUCAAACGAAAGACUUUUAUAUUUCACGUUUUUAUCUUUACGAGAGUGUCACAGGUACAUCAACGGUCUCGCAUUUAUUUCACGAAUGCGAAUUUCCAAGCGAUUUUUGACACUUUGAGGAAGAACGCCAUCUUUACAGCAAAAGAAACGCUGACAGUUGGGAAUUUUUGUUUGCAUUGCCGAGCGUCGAAUGAAAAUGGUUUUCAGGAAAAUAUUAGCUGCAACUUCGUUACCAAUAACUAGCGUUGAAUCGAGUAAAAAUGCAUUUGAAAUUCAGGUCGAACACGCUUAUACCUUCGUUCGAUAAACAAAGAUCGUUUCUUCGUAAUCGUAAAGGUGGCGUCUUUCUUUAAGCGAAGUUAGGUAGCGAUUUUUGCCUCGAACCGAGAUCGAGCAAUUCCUGAUCGAGGUGUCGCGUUCCAUUCACUGUCUUCUCCGAGUACAAAUUCUCGACCGACCCGCCGUUCGCGAUAACGGUCGGUCCCGAUCUUCUGUCGAGAAGGGAGACAUUACCAUAGUUGGCCCGUUGAAAACGGUUUUUCUUUACCUAACGUAUUCAGCUUUCCGUGUUAGCUCGCGGCCCUCGUCUAUUCGCCACCGAAUUGAGCCACGCGAACGCCAAUUUAUGAAUAUAAGCGUCGUUACACAUAAAGGAAGAGAUGGUGCGCCAGCUAGUGUUUAGAUCGGAUAACAGCCCCCGUUACGAAAAAGCUCGCUCGACGGCGGUUCUCGUAGCCGAUUAAUAACUAACCUUUAAGCCAGCCUGCCAAGAAUCAAAAUACUGUAAAAUAUCAAACGAACGGUAGCCAGUACAGAAUGCUAAGAUCUAUUUUUUAAGAAGCGAAUGUAUAUUUUUGUACUAAGGCAGGCCUUAGUGUGAAUCGUGUAUUCUUGCGCGCGAUGGCAAGACGAGAGCUGUGAUCGUUAUAUCGCGUCGGCUUAGCGAGAGAACAAUACCGGAGAGAGAAAUGAUGCUCUAAAAGAGAAGAACGUUUACGGAAGAACAGGGAAGCAAGCAUAAAAGAAACAAAUAACUGACGAGCGUCCCUGCUUAAAUAUUUCGAAAUGAACCGUAUAGGUAUUAUAGGGGCGACGAUAAAAAAUCGAGAACAAAACAUCUGUGAUAAAAAUGUAAAAUCUUAGAAUGGGUGCUCGAGAGAUGGUGACGAAAGAGGAACAAGCGUGUGUUGAAACGAUGCGAAACUACGAAACAGAGGGUGGGGGGAGGGAGGGGGGGAGGAGAAGAACGGGAGAAAAGUAGAUAAAAACAAAACGGAACCCUGUGUGUGUAUUAGGAAAAAUGAUAACGCGCGAGACUUGCAAUUCCUACGAAGAAAAAAACAAAACGUUUAGAAAGCGCUUUUAGAUCUAUCGUGCGAAAAUGUUCGUCGUGUGUAUGACUUAAUUGACGACAGAUGGAGACUGUCUUUCGACGACAUAGCCCGGUCUAACUAUUGUAGUGGGUAACGUCUUGACAUCCUUGUUCAGUUGACGCUUGAUUUUUCGUGGGUUUUGAUGUACGCGAACGUUGCUCACGCUCGGAUGUGAACGGAAGGACGUGAAAAUAAACCCGUUUCAACGAGGGAUUGCGGUUUAAAAGAAGUCGCCGCGAACGAUCGGGGACUUUGCAUCGAAACUCGAACGUUUACUUAAGUGUAUUUCUGACAUUCCACUCGAAACCAUAGAGAUAUUAUAGAUAGGGUGGGACAGUCAGACCUUCGCACCACAGCUAAAAAUCUUUGACUCUUUAUUCGAUUCGAUUCACUAUGCUUUCAAUUAUUUUCUUGUAAUAUUAUAUCGUCAUAUAUUAGGUCGUCCCAUAAGUUCGUGCCGAAGACUGUGCCGAAAUUUAAUAAAAAAUCACAGAAUGUUUCUAGUAACGGUAUAAUGACUAUGUGAGAGAGGUGAGAAACUAUUGUGAAAUGAGACAGAUUAUCUUUUCUUGUGACACUUAAGAGUAUGUUUCACAUAUUAAUUUGAGAAAUAGAAGUAUAAAUGGCACGAACUUUUAGGACGACUUAAUAGAAAGCUAACUCAACAGAUAGUCUGAUUUUUACUGCGCGUGCUUUAGUAGACAGAAAUAGAUAAACUACCGCGGUUUCUUUUCUCUUUCUAACGGUGGGACAUUUCCACAUACAGCAGACCUUCUUUCCUGCUCGGUCUAUGGUAUCUCUACUCUCGAAACUGCGUGCAAAAUAGAGGUUAUGUGUACGUAAUCUUGCCGGGCGUUGUUACGAGGCGUCGUAACGCCAAUACGAUUGAUUCUGGUACCACUAAGGCCCUCGACCUGUGCGAAAGUUUCGUCGGAGAGGCCAGAGCAGAUUGCGAGAAACGGGGAUCUUGACGAUCGAUAAACACGUGUUCCUUUUCAAUGGUAUUCGAGACGCGAGUCGCCGUGCCCUGAACGGGACGACUUGGACGGACCCACGUGACCUCGGGACUAGUGUCAGGACGUUGUACGCCACGAGUAGUAUUUAUAAGUUCCUAAAAAAUGAGAAAGAAAAAUAUUUUACACGGUUUAAGUACGGAAUAGAGACGAAGAACCGGCAUUACGAAUAAACAGACACUCGCACGAACAGAGAGCGUUCGAUUCGAUCGUAGUUAGUUCUUGUAUUCGUUUUUUAUUAUUUCGUUUUUGGUUUGUGGGAUUGUAAACGCAUUCGGAUACACAGCACCAGCAAUGUUCUUCUUCAUUAUCCUUUUUGUUUUUUAUAUAUACAUAUCUAUCUAUCUAUAAUUUACAAGUACGUGUAUAAUCCAUUCCAAUCGAAAGGGGCGAGGCGGAUAACGUGGCGGUAAAUAAACGCGAAUUUGGUAAACGAUGAUUCCGUGUUGAUGGAAACGGACGAGACGAAGGGAAAAUAUAUGAAAAACCAUUGACGAUAAGAAAGUGAGUGUACGGAUUCGUUCGGACGCGUAGGGGUAUAUACAGGGUGUCCCAAAAAUGUUGUAACAUCUGGAAAGGGGUGGUUCGGAAGUUGAUUUGAAACAACUUUUUCCUUAGCGAAAAUGUUGUCCGAGGCUUCGUUGAGGAGAUAUUAACGGAAAACACUGACCAAUCCGAGCGCGCGUAUGUCGGUGGAGCAACUGCGGUAGCGUAUGAGCGCGGCCGCCUAGCGCGUAGCCACGCCUACUGCCGCCGCACCAACGGUAUACGCGCGCUCUGAUUGGUCAGUGUUUUCCGUUAAUAUCUUCUCAACGAAGCCUCGGACAACAUUUUCGCUAAGGAAAAAGUUGUUUCAAAUCUGUAUAUACAUAUAAUUACAAAUGGCGCAGGCUCGAUUAAACGUAAACAAAACGGAAAAUCAACGCGGUUAAUACUUGCGACGUUAAUAUGUUCUCGAUUAUUUUUAUUACCGUCGUGUGAAUAUUAUAGAGGGUGUCCUGCACGCUGACUGGUAUUUCCAUAAUCGAUUCAAUUGUAACUCGCAAAUAUCAGGGGGCAUUCAGUAUCAAGGAUGGAAGGUGCUGAAAAUAGGAUUGUUCUUUCCAAAAAAUAACGGCUGGCAACUCCAGCAGUGACUAAUAAUCAUUCUCGGCGUGUUUUGGCAGGUUAUUCUCGGCUGAAAAAAGGUCGUACGCGCUAUAGAUUUAUUUUUAUCCGUUAUCGAGAGAAGAGUUGUUCACUUUUCUGUCUCUUUGUCUUUCUCUCCCUUUGAAGGACGAAGAGCGUAGGUCUGCGAGACAUACAAUGGCGGUUUGGUAAGGAUGGUAAAUACCUCGACGACCUUAACACAUGUUCACUGCGAUUUUCGUAGAUAUUCGCACAUGAUUUCAUGGUUUAUUCGCACUAAUUUCGUAUUAGAAGUACGUAGACGUUUAUAGAAUAUCAAGUUCAUAGUUGAACGGAUAGAAUUAUGUUUGCAAUUAGCCAGCUAAUAAUUCGAACUGUACGAAAUAAGACUGUCGUUUCAUCGUAAAUAAGAAUGUCCCAAUUAGCGACACGCAUCGUUCGACAAUCGUUAAUAAGUCGAUAACGGAUUUGGAUAGUCUCCGCUGUGUGUACGACAUUUUUUGUUCAGAACGAAAUAAUGGAAACGCUGACGCAGUUAUUGUUGCGGGACACCCUAUGUUACGAGGUUCUGGUUUUGAACCACACUGUCCAACGCACCAAGGUGACACAGGCGUCGAGAGAACGAUAUUCCGAAGACCGCGCGCACUCCUCGAUCGAUACGUAACAAUAUUAUUAUAAAGAUAUUACCAAAACAGCGUUAGGUGUAUAUAAGUUUAAAAGCUGGGGACAAGCCAAACGCAAGCUAUUUUUUAAUCGUCGUAAUCGCGGGAUAAACGGAAACGAAUUUCGCCGUGAAAUUUUUUCCACGAAUAGAAAAACGACAAAAUCGCGUACUACCCAAAAGAGGGAAUGGAGUUUUAGAGAAGCGAAGGAAACAAACGUGUAACCGGGCCCAAAAGAAACAGUGAAUAAUCUCGUUGUUGAUAAUUCGUUCGUAGUUUAACCGUUCGAGUGUCGCGAAUCUUUCCAUAAAUUUGGUCGUAAAGUGGCAAGCGUCACGAUCGCGUUGUUAUGCUUAUACAAACAAACCGAAGCAAUCUGUAAAUCCAUUUUGACAUACAAAUAUGCUGUCUCACUUGAAUAUCGUAUAUUUUCUAAUUCUAAAAGAUAUUGUGAUCGUAAAUAAUGGUAAUUUUUAUAUAAAAGCAAACGUACACGUAUGCGUCGAUAUUCUUUAAGAGGUUCAAGACAAGUACGAACGACUAGCAGUUUUAGCGUCGCGAUCGCGUCGCGUGGCACUCGAACGGUUAAAAGGAACAUAAUUCCUAGCUCUAGAGACGCGUUGACCUUCCACGAUUAAACACACUCGACGCGAAACGGUUGAUUUCUUUCCGAAGAGACUAUAUAGAGAUAGUGAACGCAAAGAAAGAGAGAAUAGCUCUGCUCCUGUCUAAGUUUGCAUGUGCAUCAGAAUUUUAAGACUUUGUGAGAGAAGUCACAGGAAUUUACGGGCAUCUGACGCUGACCAGAGAUUACUAGAGUGACAUUUCUCCAUAAUUCGUCUUCUCUUCCACCAAAGUUUCUUAAUGUGAAGCGCAUGCGUUAGAGAAGCACAGUCGAUCUUUUUUCCUCUUACUAUUCGCAUUAUAUUUUCUCGACUGUCUUGCCUAGUCUAUCUAUAUAAUCUCUUUGGAAACGGUUGAUUUCUUUCUCGCGAGCAAGCGUACGCCCAGUGCCAUUGGUAGUUCCGUACUCGAAGCGCGCGCAUAAUUCCAGAGUGGAAGUACAGUUAGACGUCGGUAGAUCGUAGUUGCGAGUGAACAAAAAAAUUAUUUCGAGUUACGGGGGUUUCUUUAUCGCGAGGACAUGCGAUUAACGGUUCGAUCGACGCGGUCUGCUCGAAUAUUCUAUAAUCACGAAUUAACGUGUGCUCUCCUUUCUAUUUUCAUUUUCAACGAAUGUUUAAACGAAGCGCCAGCCGUCCAUCGAACCGUCGAAUCAACACUUUCUCGCGCGAGGAAAGAGCAAACGAGAACGCCUCGCGUUGCAACGAAUCGAUGAAUCGAACGCGACCAUCGCCGGAGAUGUGCAAAAUUCUUAUUCAGAUAAACGUUAGAAUUCCGUAUAAAUAAAAUAGAAAGAAAAUUGUAUGCCACGUUGGCUGUGUAAACGUCGCGAAUUAAUCACUGUAACGAUUAGGAAUAACAGCGCGUAGCUGAGCCCUUGUUUUUAUUCUCUUUAUUUAUUUCGUUCACUACCAGAUCUUUUAAGGUACAAAAAGAACUCGUACCCGUUAUUGGAAUGAAAUUGCCCACCUCUGGUCACUGGUCGCGCGUCAUCCACGCAGUUUAGUGUGUCGCAGUAGGCACGUGUUUCGAUCCCAUUAGCGCAGUCCGAAUCCACCUACCUAGCAUUCGACACACGAUCCACUCUGACGAGACACGCGUAAUUUUCUGAAUGUUCUAUAACGUAUUUAAUAGGGGACAAAAAAAAAAAAAGAAGAAAAAUGGAAACAAAAUAGGGGUAUAAAAAAAAAAUCGUUGAAUGUCCUUUUAACACGAAGGAUCGUUUCUCGCGUUGAUUUACGAGGAAACUUAGAUCCUUUCUGUAUACAUAGGUUAGCACGACAACAUAGACGCGGAUAGAUGUUUCGAUGGGUUUGUACAUGUUUAAGCGAGAUUCGACGCCGCGACGCGUUAGGAGGACGUAGGCGUUUUCGUCGUGCCGUUGUCGUUAUUUCUUUAUUUCUUUUUUUUUUUAAGACAAAACGCGCGAUUUCCAAACGUGUCGAGCGUAUAUAUACCUUGCACCUGUUAACUUUCUCGUGUGUCGUUGAUCCAUUCGACGUCAUUUAGCGUCCCAUCGACUUUAACCCUCCGCUGCGCAGUUUCUACGAUCGUUUUUCGUCGAUUUAAAACCGAGAGGCAGCGCGACAUGCGAUUCGAUUUCUUCUUUUUCUUUUUUUAAGGAGGGAGGGGAUGCUACGUUAAAAAAUUCGAGAUCAAUGUACAGUAGACUCUUGUAUAACGCGAUUAAUACAUUCGCGUCACACAAGAAUCUUUCUCGUGCAACACGAACUCUCGAACAAAUCCCAUAGCGCUUUACGCGAAGAUCGUACGACCCGAACGCGUCAAGAUCUUUCCUUUAACCUCGUUUUCCGAUACGAUCCUUUCUUUUCUCUGUUUCCGAUCGCUACCGAGUCUUUCUUUCGUGAUAACUAUUUUAGAUCUGAAUCGGGUUACUUUUAGCGAGAAAUUCGCGCUGCGCGAACGCGGCGAUGGGUUACGUGGAAAAUGAUGAAAACGAGUGGAAAGUCUUAAUUGUUAGUCUCGACUUAAGGGGAACCAAUCUCUCAGUGUUUCUUCGUACUAUGCAUAUAUCACGUUGUUUUCCAUGUUGUUUUACUUAACGAUGAUAAAGAAAAAACUAACUGAACGAGUAUAUAUAUAUAUAUAUGUAUAUAUAAAAAUAAAUAUAUAUAUAUGUAUAUGUAUAUCGAAUAUAUGUGUGCGUGCGUGUGUGAACGACGCUUAAAGGGACGCUUUUUUUCCUGGGUCCUCAGGGUCGUUGCUCGGAUUAAUUUUGGGCGAAUCGAUCGCUGAACCGACUUUCACUGAAUGUGUUAACGAUUUUAAAUCUAAUACAAAGAAGGGAGAAAUAAACGAUAGAAGAACGCACGUGACGGCGUUUGUGUGCGUCUCGAGGCAUAAUUAUUUUUUAAGAUGUAUCGAACACGGAGGUUCCAGUGACGGGAAAAAUUGUUAUCUCGGAUAAGAAAUUUCGAACGACGAGCAAAAGUAACGGAUCAGAUGUUUAAAUGAAUUCCACGCCUUUAUAUUCGAUUAUUCGUAACUCUAGUUUAAGUAGCAACCUUCCAAGUAUACGAACUUCGAUGACCAUUUGUUUGAGACUCAGAUCAUCUACCUAUUUAGAUUUAUUAUAGAGAUGGACUCGUGCGGAUCAAGUUGAGGAGUUGGAAGGUUGGUACUGUAAUGUAACAAAGCGACAAGCAAAUAUCUCUACUUAAGCUACACUUAGAAAUGAUCGAAUAUAAAAACUUGAUAGAUCGAAAUUUUCGUAGGUUGAGUUCUAGUCGUGAUUCGUUACGCGAAUAAAACGUUGACCAUCUCUGGUACCUUUGCGUUCAUCGAUGCGCGAACAUUCUGUCGGAACGUGGAAUGCAUCGAACAACAGGUGUUGCGUCUUGCGCCGUAUUAACUCUUUCGCUACGAGGAGUACGCUCCGUAAUGUCUCGACGAAGCAAACACUCGAAUGGAAUCGACGGAUAGAUCGUUUCGACGUCUGAUAUCGUCGAUCGAUUGCUAUCAGUGUACGAUAAUGUCUUCUAAUUGGGAUGAUCAACACAUUGGAGACCGUCAAUGUUUCGUUAAAAGCGAAUAGCUACGAACAGGCCGCUAAGUGACUGGAUAAUUUACUUCCAUUCAUUUUUGUUUAAUUUUCUUUUUAAUUGAACGAUUUGUUUUCGUACUCGAUAUUUUUUAAUACAAGCUUUUUGACGAUAUGUACAACAAUUUCAUCGAUAAAUCGUACAUAGAAUACGCAUAAAAAUCUUUUCUAUUUUAGAGCAAUGUUUGUUCUUUGUUACAUUUUAUCGAGAAUGACUUAAAUCGCGCGUUCUAAUUAUCGAAUUGUUAUACUUAAUUAUAGAAUUAAACGAUUUUUAGUAACCGUAGAAAAUAUAAAGUCGAUCGGAUAGCUGACACACUUCACGUGUACGCGGACUCUAAUGUGUUAACCCAUCGCGGUCCAAAUUUUCCAAUUUUCGUCGAGUCUCGCUCGACGUAGGACCGCGAAAGAUUCGUUUAGACGAAAAGACGCGAUUGGUCGAGAUGAUAACCGUCUCUGAAGUUGUUGCUCGAGUCGCGCAGUAGCGAGAGGGUCAACUCUCUUUCGGUGUUGUUAAUCGGUCGUCGAGCGACCCCCCGCGUGCGGAGGACCCGUCGCCAUAUACGUCGAUCGUACUACCUGAACGCCCAUAGGCGUUCUCCGCACGCGCCGAACAGACCAAAAACUACGCUUACAAAUUUAUUUGCGGGCCGCUCACGGCACCGAAAGAGCCGCGAUAAUAAUGGAUAUGGUGUUGGACGUAUCGACGAAUAAAAAUUGUCAUCUUAACGGAACGGUCUUGUAAUUUAAGUUAAAAAUCGCGAUUUCUUUUCACUUUUAAAUAUCCAGAUUUUUAACUCGAAACCACACGACCGUACCGUUAGGUCGACCACGAGAGAAUUUUACGGAUAAUUCGUUGAACUUGUUUGACUCUGAAGCGAUACUUGGCAGACGUCAUCCUAGAGCGCUACUUUGUUAAUUAAUAGAAAUGUUCGGUUCGUCGACGUUUUCGAGACAGUUGUGUAGUUGGAGCUCGAAGCAACAGUCACGUGAUCUCUCAAACAGAAUGCAAACAAGCAUGACGCGGAGCAAGACUCGUGUCUGUUAUGAUUCACGGUCGAGAAAGUGACCUUGAACGACCUAUAUUUCCUGCCACGAGUAGUGGUCAACGUUUCUCUGCGCGAGUUUUCCUGUAACGUAUUUUUGCUGCUUAGCAUUUUCGAACAGUGAUUGCAUUACAAUGACUUCUUCGUUAAUUAGUCACAAUUGUGGGAUUAAUUAAUUACCAUAAUCUAUGCACAUUUGUUGUCCGCAAUUACAAAUCGAGUCAUACGUGAUCUUCCAAGGCUAAUCGAGUCUGCAAAUAUUCGUUAAUCGUGAUUGCCGAUUGCUAGACGGAAUCGUGGAUCGCAUUUUGUCAACGCUGGUUACCGGGAAAUUAUUUGUCGGCGAACGAACAUGUCGAAAGCGUUUCGACGCGUAAGCGUUCUAGAUUUUCUCGUCCGACACCUAACGCAUUAGAGUACAUUGUCCGUGAGCGUAAAAUACGUUCAACGUAUUAUCCGUCGGCCAUCUAUUUCGGUGAAAUCGUUUCAAAGGUAUACGCACGCAUACGGGCAACUGGAACGAGAACCGACAUUGAAACAAGAGCUGAGACUGCUCUUACCGUUCGUAGUUGCGACGUUUCACUUCCUUGGGUCAACCGUUCUGAGAUCAAAUGAAAUCGAGGUAUCGAGGUUCGUUCGAUUUGGUUGCCUCGUAUGCGACGCCUGAUAGCCAAUACGGAGUCAGAGAUGGACAAAAUUUUAUCCGAAUACUAAUUUCGAAGAACGAAUAAAAGACACGCUGCUUUUUUUUUUUAUCCAUUUUUUAUUCAACAAUUGUACCCAUUUCCGGUUCGAGAGCGCGUUGCGUUUUCGUCGAGGUAGGUCCGACGUUCGACUUGCCGCGGGAUAAUAAGCUGCAAUCGGGAAUUUGCUUUAGCGAAAUGGGAAGGGCAAUGCUCGAUCGGAACAGUUUGUCGCGAACGAUGGAAAUCGAUCAAUCGUCGCGCAACUGUUGCAAUUGUCCAGGAUUGUUAACUAUCGUCCAUUAUUUUUUUUUGUUCAAUUUUUCGCAUGGACGUCGCCUCGGAUGGAACAAUUGUACAUGCAAAACCGUUGAAACUGUCGCGUAAUCAGUAUUCUUUCAAUCCAACAUCCCGUAGAAUUGUACGCCGGACUAUGAUUUUUACACCACUUCUUCGAUUAUAGAAAUCAAAUGUUUUUUCGCAAGUAUCAAUGAAUUUUUAAAAAUGUAUCGAUCGAUUAAUAAAUCGUGCAUGGCAUACAAAAA